GAAACUUUCAGUUGGAAACAAUUAACAGUUGGUGUGCCACCUGGUGAUGCAUUGUAAAACUACAUCCAAAGAUAAAUAGUUGUGCAGUAAUUAUGUACAAAAGCUAAGAAUCCUGCAAAUAAAGUAAAAAAAAGAGAAAAUCCAGGAGACACUGUUAGCAUCAGUUGAGAGAGAGAAAAACUUAACAUGUCAACUUGAUGACCUUUCAUGGUUUCUGUUUUUUUAAAUAUAUUUCUCAAGAAACUAUUUGCACAGCAAUGGUAAUGCUCUUAUUCUUAAAAAUCCCAGGACAGGGAAAAGUGUAUCCUUUUGGAACUGAUUCAUAGUUUCAAUCUGGUAUUUGAUAUUUCUGCUGUCCAGAGACAGAACUGUCUCACUGCUGAAGUAUUACUGCCAGGCAGGUGUUGUUCAGCUUCCCUAAUAUUUGAAAAUGAUACUGAUUGUAACUUCAAAACAUUAAACUAAUUAAAAGAAAAACGGGAGUCCAGAAUGAGAGUCUAACUUCAUAUUUCAGCCCACAUAUCACGUGGUAGUGUGAUGACGUGUGCAAUUCACUUGUUUUACAUAUCACUCAACUAGUUAUUAAACAAAGGCGGCUUAAUCAACAACAUAUUUACAAGACUGUAAAAAUAAAAGUUACUAUACAAAAAAUAAACAGUAUGAAAGAGGAAGAGCAAGAUGGUGAUCAUGGGCCAUUCUGAAAUCUGAUGGUGGAGGGGAAAACGCUUGUGCUCAGGUUUUUCCAGCUUCAUGCUCCUUGUGUUCCUAAUCCUGCUUUGUUCCGAUGGUGUUGUAACUCGCAGCAUCCGUAAGCGCCGACGUGGUAACAGGGAUUUGGACGAUCGCCAUCUUCCCACCUUCUUGGAAUCUGUACCCCAAUGCAGUACAAUGUACAACCAGUAUGUGGUAAAAGCAGAAAAGGUUGUGAGGCCUCUGAAGUAUCUUCCUUGGAUAAUGAUGGGACCUUUGAAACAUUCUGGAGUAAGGGUCACUGUGGCAGGCGGACAAAAAUGCCUUAUUCAUAAAGGAGUGGAAAUCCUUGCCAGGAUUGGCAAAUCUAAAACUGUGGUUGAGGAUGCUAAACACUUGGCAAAUGCAUGGAAGGUAGAGGAAGAAAGGCCAGCAUACAGAAGAAAAAUGCUCGAAUUUAUUCGCGCUUGUGGUGAAGAUUAUGAUAUAUUAACAGACAACUGUCACGACUGUACAGAAAGAAUGAUGGAACUGGCGGGCAAAUCCUAUUUUUAGAGUGUGAUCUUUUAACAUCUGGUUUUGUAAUUACUGAGUUGUUUCCUCUCAUCAAACUACCCUGAGGAUUUCUGGUUAUAUUUUAAAAUCUAUUUAUUUUUACAUAAAAUAAUGUACUUUAUCAACCUUAUUUUCUUGUCCUACUUCCUGCUUAUUGUUAUGAAGAUAUUUUAAAUUGAAAGCUUAACCAUAAGAAUAAUAUUAUGAGCUUUAAACAGGCCAAACAUACAGCAUA